AUGGAAAAAUGUAAUAUAUUUUUUUUAGACACAAUGGACUGUGUUUUUGGUUGUGAUAUAAGGCCAAACACUCAGUUUUAUUAUUUUCCAAAUGAUUCAAAACUAUGUAAGCAAAGGCUAUCAGUCUGUGGAUUUGAUAAAAAAAUAGACACAAAAAGAGUUUUUAUUUGUGGCCAACAUUUUGAUGAUGAUUGCUUUAAUAUUAAAGUUGAUAAUACAAGGACAUUAAAAAAUGAUGCCAUCCCCAGCAUAUUUUUUCCUCAUUUACACAACCAAACAAAUAUGGAUACAAACUUCUGCGUAAAAAUGCACGACAAUACUAAAAUUUCUGAAAAUAAAGAUUUUAUAAAUAAUGUUUCCACAGUAGAGGAGAGCAAAGUAGAUUUGGAAAAAUACAAAAAAUUAACAAAAAUAAAGUUAAAAACCCUAGAAAUGGCAAAAAAAUCAUAUGAGGAUUCAUUACAUAAAAUACAAAACAAAAACAUUUAUUUAAACAACAAAAUAAAAAAACUACGGCAUGAUAAAAUACUUCUAAACAACUCCCAGAUGACCCAAAUUGAAGAAAAACAAUUAUUACAAAAAGUAUUUACAAAAUCACAAAUUAAAGUUCUUGAAACUGGCAUUGCCAAGACUCGAUGGACUGAUCAGGAUAUGGCUAUAGGAUACAUGAUAAAACAGCUUGGAAAUAAAAAUUCCUAUCAAUAUUUGAACAAAAACUUAAAAAUUCCUUUACCCGGUGUUUCCAGCAUACACCAUUGGAUGUAUGAAGGCUUAAAAUUGCAAAAAAAACAAUCUCACAAUGAUGGAGCAAGUAGCUCUAAUGGUUGA